AUGACUGAUGGGGACCCAAUUGGACAACCACCGAUCCUUGUCUAUAACUACGCAAAGAGCGGGCACACAAUAGAUGGAGUCAAGCAACAGAGACUGAGGUUCUUCAAAGGCAGCGCCCAGCCAUCGUCGAGUUGGAGUGCAGACGAGUCGUUAUUCGUCACCUGGGUUGGAAUCAAUGAUCUGGCCCGUUCUACCGACUUCGAAGGCAUGCUCGAAAAGCUCUUUACAGUACAGCAAGGCCUCUAUGAAGACGGCGCUAGGAAUUUCCUGUUCAUCGAUGUUCCACCUAUAGAGCGAUCUCCAGCGUACCGUGCCCUUACAAAAGCGAAAGGAGCGAAGGAAACUCGUUUCAUCGAAUGGAACAAAGUGCUCGCGCGCAAGAUUCGCGAGUUUGCCGCAGCUGCAGGUGAUCCGAUAAGCGCUCUCUACUUCUCCUCGCACAAGGUCUUCGAAGACAUUCUAAAUAAUCCAAAGUCGUUUGGAUUUCCAGAGAAGCAUGUAAAGAAGGAUGGAGGUGAUAUUUGGGUUGAUCAUCUCCAUCCGACGUCUGCUGUUCAUGCAAUCGUAGCGGCUGAGAUGGAAAAGUUUUUAAAUAGUGUCCACCUAGAACAGACUCUCCAAAAGGUCGAAGAGGAAAAGUAG